GCAAGGGAGCCGGACCGGCCAUGGAGCCUGGGGCCCAGCCCUCCAGGGCCCUGGGGGAGGGGAAGGCGCAGCCGCAGCAGCAGGGCCCCACCCAGUGCAUCGAGGGCCACGGCCAGGUGGUGCUGCUGGGCGAACUCUGGAAACAGGAUGAGUGCUGUGUGACCCUGCAGAACAUUCUGGAGCAGGGCCCGACAGAUCCGCCCUCCCGAUCCUCGUCCAUCCGAGCCACAAGCGGCCAUAGCAACUCCAGCAACUGCGCCAGGGGGCGGCUCAAGCGCUCCGGGGAGAGUUCGUGGAAGCAGGGCGCCGAUUGUCCGGCCGCCAAGUCCAAGCGCUGCUCGCAGAAGCAGCCUUGCGAGCCGCGCAAGGCCAGGGACGCGCCAGAGCGCCAGUGCGAGGCGGCGCCGGCGGGGACCCCGGGUUCGGGGCGGGCGGAGGACGCGGCGCCGGGCUGCCGGGACCCGGGACGGCAGCGGGCGGCGCCCGAGUCCGGCGCGCGGCUGCUCCUCGUGCUGUGCCGCGCGUCCGCGCUGCGCUCCCAGCUCCCGCGGCUGCAGCUGCUUUUGCAGCAGGUGAGCGCCCGGGAGCGCAGCCCGCCCGCCGCGCUCUUUGGCCUCAUCGUGCAGCCGCGGCGCGAAGAGGAGGCUGAGGCGCGCCGCCGCAUGGAGAGCCUGCUUUGCGGCGCCUUCGCCCGGCACAGCCCGGCCGCCGAGGUGCACACGGCCGUGUUCUGCCCCCGCCGCGCGGAGGGCACCCUGGACGUCCAGCGCGCCGCCGGAGGAGCGCACAGGGUCGCGUCGCCGGGUUGCGUCCACCUCGUGGAUCGGGCCACCCAGACGGAUGAAGACCUCCAAGAAAACAUUCCACUCAUCGUAAUUCGCGUGCUCCGAGCCCUCGGAACUGUUGCUGUGGCUCUGGGAGCACUAGGAGCUGCCUACUACAUCCUUGAAUCUUUGUGAGCAAGUCCCCAGGCCCGCAGUCCGGCAGAUCCAGUUUUCCAUCAAGGAUCUCUCUUGUCACCAAAAUAGAACAAAACCA